AUGCCCCGAGUUCGCGUUAGUUCAAGCCAAAAUUGCCAUGAGAAGGAAGGUCGGCUCCUACUGGCUGUACAGGCUAUUAAAAAAAAGGAGAUUACAUCAAUACGCGAGGCAGCACGUCGCUUCAAUGUGCCUGAAUCUACACUACGUACGCGACUACGCGGGACUACAAAUCGCGCCGAAUCUCGCGCAAAUGGCCAUAAAUUGACUGAGAUUGAAGAGGAAGUGCUUAAGCAGUGGAUUCUCUCUUUAGAUCUACGCGGAGCAGCUCCUACAAAAGCUCAUGUACGAGAAAUGGCUAAUAUUCUGCUUGCAAAGCGUGGUUCCACCCCAAUCCAGACUGUCGGCCAGAAAUGGGUAUAUAAUUAUACUCAACGCCACCCGGAGCUUGAGUCUCGCUUGUCAAGGCAAUACGACUGCCAGCGAGCAAAGCAAGAGAACCCAAAGGUUAUUCAAGCAUGGUUUAACACCGUACGAGCCACAAUCGAACAAUACGGGAUCCUACCGGACGAUAUCUACAACUUUGAUGAGACUGGCUUUGCAAUGGGCCUUUGUGCACAUCAGAAAGUGAUUACCAAGUCAGAAUCAUGUGGCCGAAGACCAGUUCUACAGCCAGGAAACUGUGAAUGGGUUACUGCAAUUGAGUCAAUCAGUGCUUCUGGAUGGGCACUUCCACCAACACUUAUCUUUAAGGGCAAGCAGUAUAACCAAGCAUGGUUUACAGGCCUUCCGCCCGACUGGCGAUUUGAAAUUAGUACAAAUGGAUGGACAACUAAUGAAAUUAGCCUUCGCUGGCUUCAGAAGCAAUUUAUCCCGUCAACAGAGCAUCUUUUCGAAGCAGCAGGACUAGUGCCAUUGAAUCCUGAACCAGUGCUUUCAAAGCUUAGUAUUCAGGCUCGUACGCCUACACCCCCUGGAAGCCGUGGAAGCCAGGCAAGCACUUUUUGCCCACAUACACCAGCAAAUGUUGAUGAGCUUCUAAAGCAAGCUUCUUUACUCAGAGAUUUUCUCAAACAGCGCUCAAAAAGUCCACCAUCACCGUCCCAUAAUGCCCUAAACCAGCUAAUUAAAGGCUGUCAAAUUGCAAUGCAAAAGGGCAUACUAUUGGAGCAAGAGAAUAGGGCGCUACGUGCUGAAAGAUGCUAUACAAAGGCGAAAGCGAGCUCGUACGCAUAG